AGCUGUCCUUCCAAAAAAAAGGCCAAGCUCGGCUUGGGUUUAUGUCGAGCUCAAGCCUGAGCUCCUGGACUCGCUCCAGCUUGGCUCGUGACAGCCAGCCGUAACAUCCAUCGCGCCGUUAACUAAAGCCCACCCGUUUCGGCUAUCCCCUCAAUCCCUUCUCUCUCCCUCGCCAUGGCUCCCGCUUCCUGGGCCGCACCCACCACCUCCUUCGCGCCGGCGCCGGCGCGGGGGCUGGGUAGGAUAAAGGCGGCGCCUUUACCCGUCAGGACGCUUCCUCGCCGAGUGCUUCUCAGGGCGGCCAGCGAAUCAGCCAUGGUUGCUGGUGACACAUUGCUUGGUUUAUAUGAGAGAGAGAGAUUAGGUCUCUCACAGUACGUGGACGAGGAGUUUGACGAAGAGACAUACUGGGAAUCCUUGGAUGCUGAUUUGCGCUACUGGACCAGAUCACUCCGCCCAGUGCAGUGGUAUCCUGGUCACAUUGCAAAAACGGAGAAAGAAUUGAAGGAACAGUUAAGGCUCAUGGAUGUUGUCAUAGAGAUCCGUGAUGCUAGGAUUCCCUUGUCCACUAGCCACCCUAAGAUGGACUCCUGGCUAGGCAACCGGAGAAGGAUCAUAGUCUUGAAUCGCGAGGACAUGAUCUCAACUGAGGACAGGAAUGCAUGGGCUACUUACUUUGCUAAUCAGGGCACCAAAGUUGUCUUCGCCAAUGGGCAGCUGGGCAUGGGUACAAUGAAAUUAGGUAGGAUGGCAAAAUCAGUAGCAUCUGGUGUGAACACAAAACGAAAGGAAAAGGGACUACUUCCUCGUCCGGUUCGAGCUGGAAUAGUUGGAUAUCCAAAUGUUGGCAAAUCUUCCUUGAUUAAUCGCUUGCUGAAACGAAGAAUGUGCCCAGCAGCACCUAGACCAGGUGUCACAAGAGAGCUUAAGUGGGUUCGUUUUGGAACAGACCUAGAAUUGCUAGAUUCACCUGGAAUUUUGCCUAUGCGAAUUAGUGACCAGACAGCUGCAAUUAAGCUUGCUAUAUGUGAUGAUAUUGGAGAAAGGUCAUAUGAUUUCCCUGAUGUGGCGGCAAUUCUUGUACAAAUGUUGAUAAGACACCCUGCAGUAGGUUCAGAAGCGUUUCGAAGGCGAUAUAGGAUUGAUGUAGAGAACAACUGUGGUAAAAUGUUUGUUACAAAGCUCUCUAUUCACUUGUUCAAUGGAGACACGAACCAAGCAGCUUUCCGCAUAUUGUCGGAUUAUAGGAAAGGCAAAUUUGGUUGGGUGGCACUCGAGAGACCUCCAACAUAGCAAUGGAGAUAUCAGAUAAUUAAUUUUAGAUGCUAGAGAUGUGCUUGUUCAUAGUACAACACGAUGUAAUGUUCUUUGUCAUUUUGUGGCACCAUUGUAGGACAGUUUUUCUUGCACCUGUACGAGGAAUUAAAGACUAGACAUCUAAAGAAGCAACAGAUCAGAAAUGCUGCUGCUGUUACUAGGCAGUCCAGAGCAACCGAGCUGAUCCGUAUAAUCACUUGAUUGAGCUCACUGUGUAACGGAAGUUUGAGAAGCGAAAGAAGGUUGCAGCGAUGCAUUUUUA